AUGUCCUUUUUCGGCUUCGAUACGACGCUUCCCCGCGAUCAUAGCCAUUCUGCCCGUGCGCCCGGCUUCGGCCAGCCCGCAGACCCUUUCGCAAGCCUCAGCGGUGGCGCUGCCGACGACGAGAUAAUCGACUUUGAGGAUACUUAUGACGGACUGGGCGACCAGCUCGACGAUGCCGACGACGCCCUUAAUGACGAUACCUUUGGCGGAGGGCCGGCCACCCAGCAGACCGUUGGCAAGGACUUUGACUUUGCCGGCCAGACCUCCAAGAUCGCCAACACUCUCCAGGAGGAGCAGAUGCUUUUUGAAGCACGCAACCUGCGGAAGCCCCCUCCGGUCCAGGCAUCCAAACCUGCCAGGACCGGCUACGAGAGCUACCAUGACCCUGACUACAUUCCACAGCUGGAGGCGCGUGCCGAUAUCUGGGGCCUGCAGCCGAAACAAGUUCCCCAGCAGAAGCAGCCCGAACCCCAGGCUCCUUCAGCGCCAGCAAAGAAGAUGAUGAGCCUGGAUGAGGUCGAGGCUAUGAUGCGUGCUCAGACUGCAAGUCAGACGACUGCUGCCCCUCCGGUACAGCCCGCUCCUGCGCAGAUCCCUCCAUCUGUGCCGAUGCGACACCAGCAGCAAAUACAGCACCACGGGGCUCAAGACCAGUUUGCCCCGCAGAUUUUGCAGGCCCCGCAUCAACAACAGCCCAGUUUCAGUCAGCAGCAAGCACACGCAGAGUUGCCGGCCCAUCCUGUGCAAAUCCAACCUCCUCGCCAACCUGCCGCGAUGCAGAGACAGAGACAGACGCCGGAUAACGCAGGUCAGCAGCCUAGGUAUGCGGCGCCCCUUCCAAGUGCUCAACGACCGCCGUCCCAGCCCAGGCAAAUUCUGCAGAACCCGAAUCGCCUUUCAGGCCAGGGAUUGCCCGUCAUGCCACCGCCAACGGGGCCUCGCGGAGCACUCCCAGUUCACAGUCGCGGACCGUCUUUCCCAAGCAUGGCCAUCACCCCCGACCAGCUGAUGCAGAUGCCCGAGGAACAGCGACUGGCUUAUCUGGAAGAGGAGGCGAGGCGUGCUAAGCGGAACCAUAAGAUUGCGCUGCUAUCAAAGGACAAUGGAUUGAUGACUCCCCAGGACAAGAAUUUCAUCACUCGCAUUCAAUUGCAGCAAUUGAUGGCUGCAACGGGCGGUCUUGAAGAGGCACGGUCCGAGGCUGCGCUCGCCGAAGACUUCUACUACCACGUCUUUUCCCAGAUUCGCGGAGCUCACAGGCAGACACCCCAACAACCGGCCAAUCAGUUUGCACAAACCUAUCUGUUUCAAACCAACAGCAGAUUUGGUGCUGGUCGCCGUCAUGGCCGUGGCGGGGACAAUCAUAUGCAACGCAUGGAGCAACAAGUCCAGCGUGCCGUAGAAGCUGCAAAGGCAAAGCCGAAAAAUAAGCAGCUGGUCAUUGAAGGCAGCUUGGGCAAAAUCUCCUUCAGUAACUCGAAAACGCCCCGCCCCCUGCUGAAUAUCAAGCGAGCAGAGACUGGCGACAAACACCCCAAACCCCACAAAUCGUCCAUUGCCGAUCGAAAGGAAGUGCUCAGGAAUAUUGAGGACGUGUAUAGGGCGUUGAUGGAGAUCGAUGACCACGAGCGGGCACUGCCCCCGCCCAUCAACGAGGAGAGCAGCCCGGAGGCGAUUCAAAAUCACAUGGAAUGGCGAACCAAGUUCCAAGCAUUGCACGACAAGCUUUGGGAAGCUACCAAGAUCAUGGAACCAAUCAAUCUACAAUCUCCCACUCCACACCCUUUUAUCGCUAUGCUCUCUCAUGCCAAGGGCAAGAAGCUCAUUUCGCGACUAUUCCGCCAUAUCGAUGACCAAGAGCGUGUCACCGUCAUCACAAUGAUUGUUGUGCACUUGGAUCACCUGCCCGUUGUAAACCAGGCAAUUGCAACACCCGAAGAGCCUCUGAGUCCGGCCAUUCGAGAGCAGGUCGAGUUAUUCGUCCAUGCGGUGAUACCACCUUAUUUCACGCAUAUCCAGACUUCUCCGCUCAAUAUCGUCAUUGGCCUUCUUGAAAUUAUACUUCAACGGACUAACCUGCACCUUGUUGCGCGGAGCAAGGUGGGUAUGGAGAUGCUGACAAUCUUGCUCUCUCGAGCCGAGAUACUGAAGCAGUCGGCGCCUGAGAUGGAUGUUACGGAGUGGGAGAAAUGGACGGAGCUCUACAACCGACUCUUUGAUACUGUCGAGCCUGUGCUCCCGGUUCUGUUCCCUGGGACAGUCAAUGACACGGAUGACAAGUACAUCUGGCAGUUCCUGGCAGCAAUUGGAGUGGGCGCCAGCCCAGAGCAGCAGCAGAGGCUCGUCCUUGGAGUCAAGGAUCGGGUCAUGGAUACCGUCACGGUCAGCAGGGCACUUCCCCCGGAUAUGUCGGCGGCCAGAUUAUUCAAUGUCAACCUCUUCAUGAGGGCUAUCGGUCUGGAUGUAGAGUUGCUGGGAUGA